AUGGGAACAACGCCAUGGAAGCAGCUUCUCUUUUGUGCGAUCGAAGCGAAUUCUCACUUAAGCCAUUAUUCUUACGUUCAGCUCGCGACGAUUGGUUUUAAUGGACGGCCUUCGAAUCGUACUGUUGUAUUUAGAGGAUUUGAAGAGAAUAGCGACAGGAUUCAAAUCAAUACUGAUCUUCGUAGUCGUAAGAUUGAAGAGCUUAAGCAUUGUCCAUUUUCUGAGAUAUGUUGGUAUUUCUCGGAUUCAUGGGAGCAAUUCAGGAUCAGUGGAAGAAUUGAGGUCAUUGAUGCGUCGAAUCCUGACCAGACUAAGCUUCAGCAAAGAGAGAAAGCUUGGUUUGCUAAUUCUUUAAAGUCAAGGAUGAUCUAUAUCUGUCCUUCUCCUGGUAGUCCUUACAACAGUGACCAACCAAAUCAAGAAGUUAGUUUAGAUCCCUCAAGUGGUCCAGUUGCUGAGUACUGUCUGCUGCUUUUAGAGCCAGAAAAGGUUGAUUACUUGAAUCUGAAAAGUAAUCGGAGGCUUUUGUUUUCGUCGAUGGUUAGUGGAACAGGAGAGAAGUGCUGGACUUCAGAAAAGGUUAACCCAUGA